AUGGCUGGGACUAGCCGCGAGAGCCCAGGAUCUGAUCAGAAACCUCCAAAGAACACAGUCUCUCCAGCUGGCGGAGCAGAUAGUGACGACGAAGAGUUUCACGAUGCCCGAUUCCCCGUCGAGGAGGAAGCUCGAUUGUUGAAAGAAUCUCAGGACAUCAAACAAGAGGCAAAUCAGCUUUUUAGCUCCGCAUGUUACGACCAGGCCAUCUCUUCCUAUGACCGCGCUCUCUCUUCUUGCCCCAACUACCUUGAUUACGACGUUGCCGUGCUGCGGAGCAAUAUCGCUGCUUGUUACUUGAAACUUGAAGACUGGAAAGCCGCAAUUGACGCUGCGACCACAUCUCUCGAUCGCCUGGAAAAGAUCAUCCCGACGAAUGCCCCGAAUAACGAGCAAGGCAACGGAACGCAAUCGAAUGCCACAACCACCAGUGCACAGGAAACCGGGGCGGUUGUCGAAUUAUCAGCAGAUGAUGCAGAUGCAGAGGAGAAACAACUGGCACACUUGAAAGAGUUGGACACGCAGCGUACAAAUGUGCUCCGUAUCCGAGCCAAAUCUCUCAUGCGACGUGCCAAGGCAAAAUCGAAUCUUGGCGGCUGGGCCAACCUGCAAGGCGCAAUCGAGGAUUAUCAAGUUCUGAAUUCAAUGGAAACGCUUCCACCCGACGAGAAGCGCAUUGUACAGAAGGCGCUACGCGAGCUUCCUGCCCGAGUCAACGAGGCAAAGGAUAAGGAAAUUGGGGAGAUGAUGUCGAAGAUGAAAGAUCUGGGCAAUGGGAUCUUGAGGCCGUUUGGCCUGUCAACAGAUAACUUUAACUUCGUCCAAGACCCGAAAACUGGCGGCUACUCUAUGAACUUUCAAUCAUGA